AUGAAUUAAGAGAAAUGUAUUAAGCACAAUGAAUAUGUUAUUUUUCACAACCCAUCAUAAGCAGAUCUUUCAUUAAGAAAUUUAUGUUCAUUUUGUGUUACAGAGAUGAAAGAUGAUUUAGUAUUAAUUACUGAUGUUCAAUAACAAUUAAAAGGAUUAAAAAUUAAAAUAUAAUAAGAAAAUGAGGAGCUAUAUAACAAGAAUAUGUUAAUUCUACUUUAAGGAAAAGAAGAUGUGAAAUAAUUUAAAUCAUAAUUAAUGUUCUAAUUAGAUAAAUUCCUUAAAUGUAUUGAUUAAUAAACAGAUCUGAUCAAAAAAUCUGUGGAAAAUUUUAAUCACUUAAUCAAAGAAAUUCCCAUAAAUGAUACAUAAUUUUUUUAAAAAAAAUAUUAAGAAAUAGAACAAUAAUUGCCAAAUUAUGGAGGCAUAAAAGAGAUUCUCAUAAAAAAUUUAGGGUUAAUAAGCUCAUUAAAUUUUAUAAGUAAAUUAGAAGAAAUAUUCAAGAAAUUCGGUUUUUAAUGCUAAUCAUAUAAAUAGGAAAUUUUAAAUCUAGAUCAGAGUGAUUAAGAAUAAGCAAUUAAUUUAAAUCUUUAAUGUGAUAAUCAUAAAAAAUAAAUAAUUCGAAUUGAUUUAAAUGAGAAAAAAACAAUACCUAAUAGGUUGGCUUGUUCAGAUUGCAUAGCAGAACAUCAUAUUAAAUAUACAGAGCUUAAUAAAUUUUAUAAAGACUGGUUAAAUUACUAGAAAAAUCAGAAAAAUGUACUUGAAUAAAAAAAAAAAUUCAUUAUUUAGAAUUAAGAAAAAUAUGGUUAAUUAUUAAUAGAUUUUAAAGAAAAAAUAUGUAAUUUAAUUUCUUAGUAUGAUAUUUAACAAAAUGAUAGUAACUAGAAAUUUAUUCAAUAAAUUGAAUAUUCCAAAGUUAAAACAUAUGCAAAAUUAUCAGAAUUAUCGCAAUAAAGAAUAAUUGAAAUUGCUGAUAAAAUAAGUAUGCUACUUAAUAAAGGAGAACAGGAAGAAAAUGAAUUAUUAGAUUUAGGUCAAAUUUGGAGUUAAUCUUUGAAAGCUAAUUUUUUUAACUUCUAAAGAAAUUUAUUAGUAAUUUUGACAAUUUUAGAUCCUGUUGAAGUGAAUUCUUAAUUAUUUAAAAAAGAAGUAACAUCAUAGGGAAUAGAAAGUGAAGAAUUAAACGAGAAGACAGAGAAUUUUUAAUAAUAAUAAGAGUAGAAAUCAUUUGAAUAUGAAUUGCUUAGUUAAUCUUCAUUACAAUAAUAAGAGUUCUGUUAUUCUAUUGCUAUAAAUAAAAAUAAUUCAAUAGUUAUUGCUGGAUGUAAAUCAAAUAUUAGAAUUUUUGAAUUUAAAGAGGAAUUAUUAAAAGAAAUUCAAGUCCUCAACGAACAUUCAGAUUAUGUUAAUUGCUUAUACUUUAUGAAUUAAUCGGAUUCUUUUGUCUCAGGGAGUCGAGAUAAUUCAAUAAAAAUAUGGAAAAAAAAUAUAGAAAAUUAAUGGGAGUGUAAUUAUACUUUAAAUGAUCACUAAGGUUCUAUAUUAUGUAUUAUAACUAAUAAUGCACAAGAUCUUAUCAUAUCUGGAAGUAGUGAUAAACAAAUAAAAUUUUGGAGAAGACAAAAUUGUAAUUAGUUUUUUUUUUGGCAAAAAUAAACUAAAUGGUCUUGUCUUCAAACUAUUUCAAGCCAUGUUAAAAGUGUAUAUAGUUUAAGUUUAAUUGAGGAAUAAAAUAAAUUGAUAUCAUGUGGAUAUGAUAAUAAAAUAUUAGUAAUUAUAUAAUAAAAUAAGACAUGGAUUAUCAUUUAAACAAUUAUAGUUAAAUAAUCUGGAUAUAGAAUUUGUUUUAUUAAUUAAAACUUAUUUAGUUUUCAGCCUGAUAAUCAUAAUAAAAUGCUUAUAUACGAGAAGAUUAAUGAAGAAUACAUUUAAAAAUAAGAAGUGUUAAUAAAGAAUGGAAAUAGCUGUUAUAGUUUCUUUCCUUAGAAAUUUAUAAAAAAUAAAUAGUUUUUAGUCAGUAAGAAUGGAAGCCAUAUUAAUUUUAUCAGAUUGAAUUUCAAUUAAUAAUUUUAACUGGAUUAUUCUAUUAAUCUUAUUGAAGAUUAGAUAUAUGGAGACAUAAGUGAUGAUGGUGAAUAUUUACUCACUUGGGAUAAUAAAACAAAGGAAAUCUAAAUUAGGAAGUAUAAGGAAUGA